AUGUCGAUCGAAGAACAUAUCGAACGUCAAAACGACUACAUUUGGCGCAUCUCUCGUGCCGUCGACAACCUGCGCAAGCUCGGCGAGGCAAAAAUCACUUACGGGCAGGUGAAGUCGCGGCUCAAUGCUUUAAAUUCAAGUUGGAAUAAGUUCCAAGAGAAUCGCGAAAAGAUCAGCGAGAUCAAGUUCGCAGCAAAAGGUGAUCAACUCGACGCGAUCAAAAAGCUUUCGUACUUCGCGAAAGAUUAUUACGGGCUGUGUGAAGAGCACUUCUUGAGUGGCGAAGGAGUGAUGCUUGAUCUUCUCGAAUCGCUAAAGCCUGCGCCUGCAGCAACCGUGCAAGCCGCUGCAGCUCCUCAAGACGCACCAGCAGGAGGAUCAUCAAAACGGUUACCGCAAGUGGAAAAGCUGCACUACCUCAAAACCAGUGUGACCGAUGAACCGUUACAACUUAUCAAAAACAUUUCUCUCACCGCAGAAAACUUCCCUCGAGCUUGGGAAACUCUCGUCUCACGAUGCGAAAACAAGCGGCUUCUGACUGAUUCUCAUCUCGCGACACUUUUCGCGAUUCCUCGUGGCACUAAAAAAUCAUCAUCGGAACUGAAGAGCUUGCACAGCAACACUUGCGAAGCUCUUGGCGCGUUCGAACUUCUCGAUAGUCCCGAGAAAUUAGGGGAUCACAUCAUCGUGCACAUGACGAUUCGCAAGCUCGACCCAGCAUCUCUCGAAAAGUGGGAGAAAAGUGUUAGCGAAAAACUCGAGCCCCCCACGUUUGCGGAGCUCAAGGCGUUUCUCAUCGGUCGCAUCCACACCCUCGAAGCCGUGGAGCAAGCUCAUGCUCAUAAUCAAAUCGCGAUGUCGAAACCGCACUCAUCGCAAGGAAGGUCAAAUCCUCAGACGACAAGGUCACAUACAGCGCAAUCAAAGGAACAGUCGUGUGCUUGUUGCAAAGGCAACCACUACAUCGCGUUCUCUGCUAACAGCGGCACAUCUCAAGGACAGGCUGCAGUAGUGCAACCCGCAGUACAGAACGCACCGAUCUCGAAUAGCGCCUCUAAGGUGAGCAACCACUCAGCUCAGCCUACAAUGAUCAAGCGCUCUCCAGUUCUUCUCGCCACAGUGCAAUUGAUCGCCUCGAAUCCGGAGACUGGAGAAAGAAUCAUCGCUCGCGCCCUACUCGAUCAAGGAUCCGAAAGUUCAUUCGUCACGGAGUCGCUAGCGCAACAAUUGCGACUACGUCGGCAUCAAGCAACGAUACCGAUCAUUGGCGUCGGAGCUCAUCAAUCGGCAGUGACUCACGGCAUCGCGACAUUGCAACUCCAAUCUCGUGCUCACACCUCGUUCUCGUGUCAGGUGGAGGCACUCGUGCUUCCACGACUCACAUCGUAUCUACCCUCAUUUCGACUUCUCGUCGAAGACUGGCCUCAUCUACGAGGACUCAACCUCGCGGAUCCAAGCUUUGCACAUCCCAGUCAAAUCGACGUAAUUCUCGGAGCUGACAUCUACAGCAACAUCAUUGGUCAAGGAGUUCGAAGAGGAGCACCAGGAACACCAAUCGCGCAAGAAACUCAGUUCGGUUGGGUCCUCUCCGGCUGCGUUUCAGCGGAAGCAGCAAGCCCCUCGUAUGGCGCAGUCCAAGGCUUCCAAUGCUCCCUCGAUCACGAACUGCUCGAUCUCGUGCAGCAGUUUUGGAAGCAGGAAGAAGUGUCGAAACCUUUGACACUAACUUCCGAAGAAGAGCGUUGUGAGCAACACUUUCGCGAAACGGUUUCUCGAACUGCGUCCGGUUGUUACGUAGUUCGGCUGCCGCUCAAGGACAAUUCGGUAGAGCUCGGCAACUCGCGGAAUCCCGCGCAUCAAAUGCUCCUUCGUUUGGAGAAACGGUUCGGUAGCGACGCGAAACUCAAGGAGGCUUACUCGAGCUUCCUUCGUGAAUAUCGUGAACUCGGGCACAUGCUUUGUGCUAUCAAUACACCUGAAGACAAUUCCCGCGUGUUUUAUCUUCCCCAUCACGGUGUAGUUCGCGACAGCAGUUUAACAACAAAGUUGCGUGUCGUGUUCAGCGGGUCUCAAAGAACCAACCUCGGACUCUCUCUCAAUGACAAUCUUCUCGUCGGUCCAAAAGUGCAAACCGACCUCGCGGACGUUCUCUUACGCUGGCGACAAUAUCCAGUCGCGUUCUCAUCAGACAUCGUCAAGAUGUACCGACAAAUUUUGGUCCACAAUGAUGACCAAGAUUUUCAGCGAAUCCUCUGGAGGGAAGAACCAGAGCUACCGAUUGAAGAAUAUCAACUGACUACGGUAACGUAUGGUCUUGCAAGCGCUUCGUAUCUCGCGAUCCGUGUUCUUCAUCAACUCGUUCAGGACGAAGGUAAGCAGUAUCCCUUUGCGAGCCACGUCAUUCUCGAGAACACGUACGUCGACGACAUCCUCUCAGGAGCAGAGGACGUUGAUCAAGGUCGCGAGAAAAUCGACGAACUCAAUCAAUUGCUCAAGGCGGGCGGCUUUGAACUUCAAAGAUGGACUUUAAGCCACCCAGAAACUCUCGUUGACAUUUCUCGAAACCAUCAAGAGAUCGCGAUGCAUCUGAAUCUCGAUCAAAGUCCAUUCUUCCGGGCUCUCGGUCUUGCGUGGAGACCAGACAUCGACGCGUUUGCGUUCUCUCCGCAAAUUCAUCAAACUCGGGACAAUUUCACGAAACGAAAAGUUCUCUCACAAACCGCGCAGCUCUUUGAUCCUCUCGGAUGGCUCUCGCCGAUCACGAUCAGAGCCAAAAUCUUUAUGCAGGAAUUGUGGGCACUCGGUUUCCACUGGGACGAGCCGCUCUCAGCUUCAUUGUCCUCGCGAUGGAUCGAGUUUCUACAAGAUCUUCAAGGCAUCUCAGCUAUCACCAUCCCACGAUGGAUCGGGUUAAGUUCAGCAUCUCUCGGGAUAGAGAUCCACGGUUUCGCGGACGCCUCUCAAAGUGCAUUAGGCGCAGUGAUCUACGCGCGAACGUAUAUCAACACUCACGAAGUGCGCGUUUCACUAGUGUGCGCGAAAACUAAAGUAGCGCCGCUAAAGAAGAUCAGAGUUUUCAUUAUCUAA